AUGCAUGCUCCUCCAGUGGAUCUGUCCUUCAAAAACAUCAGUCAUUUGACAGAUGCACGGGCAGAGGAACCAAACAGCGGUCUGCGGCCAAUAAAGAGAAAUUCAGAGAUGAAGUAUCUCAGUUGCUCCCUGCGUCUCAAUAACAACAAUAUCACAGACCUCCACGACUUGCCCAAGAUUGUGAGCUACUUCCUGGCAGAACCACUGCGCCUCGCGUGGCUGGAUCUUUCCUUCAACAAAAUCACGCAUAUCGAUGAAGUUUUGUGCCAGCUGCAGGAACUUCGUGUGUUGUAUCUUCAUGGCAACAACAUUUUGAUUCUGUCAGAGGUGGACAGGCUGGGCACACUGCCGUACUUGCACUCCAUCACUUUGCAUGGAAACGCAAUUGAAGCCAACAAGACUUACAGGAAUCGUGUGAUUUCGGUUUUGCCUCAGCUCAAGUCGAUGGACUUCAGUGCCGUGACACGAGAUGAGCGAGUCAUGGCAAAGAUCUGGCAUCACAGCAACAACCGCAGAAGGAGCAAGGAGACUCUCCAGUGA